AUGAGUAUAUUAGUAAGAUUGAAGAAUAAACUUCAAGAUCCAUCAUUAUAUGAAACGAAGAUUCGCGAAUUUGAUGAAUGUAUGUUACUUCUUAAAACUGAAAAUGUUGAAUUGCACAAACGUAUUGAUCAACUUGAAGCAUUGUAUAAAACAAGUAUGAGAACUCAUCAUACACAUUUUCUUGAAGAACAUAUACGACAACUUGAACAAGAAAAUGAAAGAUUAUUUUUUGAAAAUCAAUGUCAACGACAAGAAUAUGAACGUUUUCUUGAUCAACUAACAACAAUGGUUAUACGAACAGCUGUUAUGCAAGAAGUAGGAAAAUGAUUAAGAUUUGUGUAUUUUUUUUCUUUCGAUUUGUUUUGAUUCAGAAAUAAUCUUAUCUUUUUUCCUGAUAGAAAAUAUAAAGGCAAUCUAUAAUUAAUUAUUGAAAAAAAAAGGUUUUGAUUUUCAUUAUUUGUCUUGUAAUCAUUUUCUACAUUGACAGGAAGCAUUGCAACAGACUGUAGCAACAUAUGUCGUGGAACAUUUAUUUCUUUUUCUUUUGUAUAGAUGAUGGUUAAUGAUGUGAGAUCAGCAAUCAUAGAUAGUAAUUUUUAUUUCUUACGUGAAAGCGGAUGUAAUAGAAGAAUUCAUCAACAUUGAUGCUUUUUUUUUUUAUUUUUCAUAUCAAAAUAAUAAAUGAAUCGAGAAAUUAUCUUUCAGCUUUUUUUUUUGUUCAUUACAAGGACAAUUCCUUAAUAUAAGAAAAAAAAAGAAAAUGAAAACGAUCUUUCAGAUGAUGCCGACGAGACAGCUUCAUUUUCAUAUAAUAUUCUGUGUCAAAGGGUUAGCACACGA